AUGGCUAUUUCCAACGGACGCAUUCUCUGUGGCGACUACUACAUGUACAACGGCAACUUUGCGGCGCUAGGCCAUGUCUCCAGUGUUACCUCGUUGCCCGGCCACGUCGAACAACGCCCAGACGUGGCAACGCCUUUGGCGGCUACCACGACAGGCGGAGGUACUCAUGCCAGGCAGCCGCCUAACGCCAAACGAAGGUACCGCAGCAGGACAGUCUCAAAGAACCCCGUUGAAGUUGUGAAAGAACGCCGUGGUAGGCGGGUGAAGGCCAACCAUCGCGAGCGCAACCGGAUGCAUACGUUGAACGGUGCCCUGGACCGCCUUCGCCAGGUGCUGCCCACGUUUCCGGACGAGAACAAGCUGACCAAGAUCGAGACCCUGCGCAUGGCUCACAACUAUAUCCUCACUUUGACUCAGAUCCUGAAGAACACCGAAAGCGAGGAAGGUGGCGGCCGCAGUUCCUGUGACUCGAGUCGGCUCGAGUUCACGCCCUCUAUUGACUCAUCGUCGUUAGUCUACCGUCCAUCGCCUCCGUUGUCCACGGACGACCGCCGGGUACCCGGAACAUCGGUUGGGAGCGCUGCCCCUUACGUCGACUUCAGGCCAGUAACAACGCCGUGCUCCGGGCCAAGCUACGAGUCGGCCAACAUCUACACUCCAAACUGGCAGAUGGAGGCGACAACCGCGCAAACCUCGCAUUUCCCUUUCGUACGAUACAUGCCAUAUUCUUGA